UUCGCGGCCGCCACUGCGAAUUGCUACUGUCAUAAUGUGUUGUUUGUUUACAUUCUUUCAUGAUUUUGUUCUAAACAGUGAUUUUUUCGUAAAUUAGUGAAAAACGCAUAUUCCCUGUAGACUACCUAGUCCACAAUGGAAUCAAAAUGUAAAUUCCGAUGUUGUGUUCCCCGGUGUACAUCGAAAUACUACCGCAAAGAGCGUAGAGACACACAUUUCUUUGGCCUUCCCAACCCUCAACGCCUUCAUGCUGUUCACACCAAAAGGCUAGCACAAAUGCGUUUGAAUGCCUGGAGAAAUGUAAUAUCUUCGACCGUUUCUACAAAAGCAAAAAUCUGCAAUAAGCACUUCGUUUCGGGUGCACCCUCGCCGCUAACAGAUACAGCGAAUGUCGAUUGGAUACCAAGUCUGUUCAUGACGAACGACGGAGUCGAUGGAUAUCGUGAAUCAUUGAUGUCCAAGCUGCACGAGGGAAUUCCAGUUUCGAUUUUGGACGAGGAUUCUGCACUAAAUUCGGAUAACAGUACUCAGAGUAGUACCGACAACGAAAUAGAAAAGGAACGUGAUCCGAUAGUAGAUACUUCUAGUAAACCUCUCAACAACGUUGAUGCCGCCAACGAUUCCAGCAGCUGUGAGGAACCUGACGAUGGCGAAGUUCAGCAGAUCGAGCAAGAAUCGAUACCGGACAGUACAGACUUAGGCCAAACUAUUUUGAUCGAUGAAAUUCAUUACAGUGCCGACGAUUCAAACGAACCUAACGAUCCAGCUGAUUCGGGUGGGGUAAAUCCGGAAAAUCAAGAAGCAUCUGAAGAAGUGUCGGAAAUUAAAGAAGAAGAAAUUGAAAUUCAGGCUUCAGAUUUCUCGUCGGGCCUUGAAGACCAGGCCAAGGAUCCAAUAGCUAGUGAACCAACUGAUGCAAACGAAGAUGAGACAGAAGUGAUAGACGAUGGAGAAAGUACCAAUUCCUCAGAGGAGACUCUGUCAGCCGAUGAAACUGCUCAACACAUUUCAGACCAUGCGUAUCAUCAGAAGCAGGCCGAAACAAAGAAGCUCAAAGUUGCAAAGCGCAACAUUGCAAAGCUCAACGUUGCAAAGUCCAAGGAACGCAUUCAUGACCAAAAACAAGUGCUACCACAAAACAUACAGGGACUUCUCCGUACACAUAAAUCCCUACAUCUGUGCUUGGAAUGUGGCGAACGAUUUAAGUCGAUGUUUACAUAUCUGAAACAUCACAGCAAUCACACGCAUUCCAAAGAAAACUAUCUGAGCUGCCAAUACUGCGCCCAAAAGUUUCAGUUUGAAGCGGAUCGUCAAAACCACCUAAUGUGUCAUACCAAACUGGAAGCUUUCACGUGUUGCGUCUGCAAUUUUAAGGUCUACUCUGCUGGUCAGUAUUUCAAUCAUUUGGACAUACAUCGUUUACCGAAUAUCUAUUACAAGUGUAAGAUUUGUACGUUGAGAUUCUCCAGUUGCAAGCAACUCGAUGCGCAUUUGCUGGCCAUUCAUCCACUACAAAAUGUGAUCAACAAAAAUCUUGCUCGCACUGUGUACAUUUGCUUUCACUGUGGUUGGAUCGAGAAAACGUGGGGUGGCUUGACGCUUCACAUGCGCCAACAUUCGGGUCCCUUUCAAUGUCAGUACUGCUCGAGCACACUGGAUGACAGCGAAAAGUUUGCCAAGCACGCAUCAACCGUUCACAAUGAUCGAGGCGAACUGACCUACUAUCGGUGUACGAAUGCGUCCUGUACGAAGGAAUUUGUCUCAUUACGGAAACUACAAAUGCACGAAUCUGACUGCUUACCGCAAGGUGGUGAGUACCAGUGUGAAAUUUGUUUACAAAACUACCGCGAAUUGGAUCACUUAGCUAGCCACAUCCGACUGCACGAGAUUCUGUCCAACGAGGCGCAAAACAAAUCGUGUACGGAAUGUCGAUUUGAAACCAUCAGCCCAGCUGCCUAUGCACAGCACAUGGUCGAAAUCCAUGGCUUCCGGGAUACGGUUGCUGCGCUGGAGAAGUAUUAUCUGCGAGCCUCGAAUAUGUUGGAUUUACCCUAUGGCGGCGUGGCAGCCGCUAGUAUGAAGGCUGCUUCCGAUAAGAAUAAGAAGCAGAAAAAGUAGCGACUCAAGGUAAUCUCUAAGAUGUUUCACGGUUUACGGAAAUAGUAUCCGUAAAAUAUAUAAGCAACUGUUGUUUUAAGGAAGAACUGGAGAAAUUAAGAGAUUAUUCAGAAAGAAAUUCAAAUGUCUUAUCGUCGUCAGAUGACCAAGGUGUGCUGUUCCAACUUAGAUGACAACAAGGCAUUACCUAGUUGAACCUCGUUUUCUUUACGAUCGGAUUUUUAAUGUGUGAGACGGUUCGCACAAAAAAGCUAAGCGAUGCGAUAGACAUACCGACUGUAGUUGACAAUAACCGUGAAAUUUAAACGCCUGCUGCAUGCCCAUCUUAAGGAAUCAGAAUAUAUUGUCUCAAAUGGCACGCUCAUCGUGUGUAGUUGGUGAUUUGUGUUUUGCCCGUCCUUUCAUUAUUUGCCUUAUGGAGAAAAGGAGAAGGAUGAGGGAGGAAGUAGAAUUGGAAGUGUGAGAAAAAUUACAACACAAAAACAAACAGCAGCAAACCAAAAUCUAUACGGACUAGCACAUACGAACAGUUAGGCUUUGUAGGUUCUCAUCUUGACAGAGUCUAGAUGUGCGGAUGAACGUCUGCCAGGGUGUGGGCUGAGAAAUAACAAUGACACUGUACGAGAUGGCGCUGGGCCUAUGGCCUUCAACUGGCAUGGUCCAUUCUCAUUAAUUCGGAAGUCUUCUUGGCUGGUUGGUAGAUAUGUGCUCCUACUUGCAAGUUGAUCAAUUCGCUUGGGUGGGGGACAUGUGGAUCCUACUAGUUGUCGACUCUUUCGAUCGUGAGUACGAGGCUAGUUCAGGAAAGGAGUGCAGGACUGGCACCUAAGAGGUAGUCAAUUAUUCAGGACUUGUUCUUAUGAUUAUUAAAUUCGACCAAGCACACCGGCUCUCAGAAAUGAUAAGCAACCCUUUCGGGUCGGUGUGGU